CAAAUAAAACAGGGGAUUCGAGUGGAGAUGCUUGCUUUUCCACCAGACGUCGAGUGAUCUGUUGUUUAAUAUUUUCCAACACAUUCCCGUGAACCGAGUUAUACGACGGUGCCAGCAGUGCAACAUUCAUUCCGGAGAUGUAGAUAGAGUGCACAAACGCUUGAUAAGCACGUGCACGACAGGAAUGGCCUGCACCCGAGAUUCCACAGCGGAGGAUAAAGGCAGCAUCGAAUACUUCGACAAGCUGACAAAACAGCACGAAGAAACGGGUUACCUGCGGAAAACAUCCAAUAAUACAGGCUGGCAGAUGAAUGUCCUGGACGAGUUCGGAGAGAGAUUCAUCCAGUAUGCCAAAGCCUGCCAAAAGCCAGUUAUCCUGGAUCUUGGCGUGGCGUAUGGUUACACUUCUAAACAGCUGCUGGAAGCGGGCGCUUCCGUCGUUGCCAAUGAACUCUCCGCCGAAAUGCUGGACGACCUGCUUUCAAACGUCAGUGAAGAGGAAAAAGGACGACUGCAGCUGAAACCAGGAAGUGCCCUGGAUUUGGAUUUUCCAGCGGAAUCGUUCGAUGGGAUUCUGGCUAGUCGAUGUUUCCAAUUUUUCAAGCCAGACGAAAUGCGAAGUAUGCUGGCACGCUUCGCAAAAUGGCUGCGACCCGGUGGAAAACUAUGCCUCACAGUCUCCUCGCCAUAUUUAUGCAAAGCCAUUCCGUUCUUGGAUGAGUAUAAUCGCCGACGGGCUGCUGGAGUAGAGUUCCCGGGAUAUUUUGAGACCGCGGAAUUGGAGACGAUCCUGGAAGGCCUGAAGCAUAUGCAUUUUGUGGAUUUGGAUGUGCUGAAACGUGAAGUCGAGAGAGCUGGUUUCGUUGUAGAGAAAUUGGCAUACAUUGCACGUCCAUAUGCUGCGAACAACGGAAAGGAGGGUGUUGGGGUGAUAUGCAGCAAACCCAAACUAUAACUGCAGUGCUGCUAUUGAUUGACUCUGGCGGAACGUGGAUUUGUGGCAGAAUGAAAAUAGUGAUUAACCGUUAGCGGUGUGAUUUUUAGCGAAUCCAAUAGAAGUAUUAUAUUUCGGGGGUGCUUGUUUCCGGUAUUUCACCCUUGCCGUUUCUGUUUUCGUUUCAAAAAUUUUAUUUAUUUGUGGAUUUAUUAAUCGUUCCCAUGUUUUCUGCAGAGAUUGACAGUUUGGCAUUAUAUCGGAUUAUUUUGGAGCGAAUAAAAAAGUGAGUACGA